AUGGCCGCCGCGCAACGAGCGUUUGAAUCGCCCGGCGCCGCCCCGAUUGGCCCGGCCGCGGGGCUUGAACUGGCCAAUGGCGGGCGGCGCUGCCCUCCCGCCGCGCCCCAGGGGAGAACAUGGCGGCCGCUCCCCGGGCCGCCGCUAGAGGGCGCGGGUCAGCCGCACACGGUCCCUGCACGCCCAGCGGUCGCGGCCCGGUGCGGGAGGGGAAGGGCGGCCAUGGACAGGUUCUCGUGGACCACCGGGCUGCUGGAGCUGGGAGAGACGCUGGUAGUCCAGCAGCGGGGCGUGCGCCUCAGCGACGGGGAGGAGAAGGUGAAAUUCGAUAGUGGAGUUUUACUGCUGAGCACACACAGACUGAUCUGGAGGGACCACAAGAAUCAUGAGUGCUGCAUUGCUGUACCUCUGUCUCAGAUUGUAUUUAUUGAAGAGCAAGCAGCUGGGAUAGGAAAGAGUGCUAAAAUAGUGGUUCAUCUUCAUCCUGCUUCUUCAAACAAAGAGCCUGGUCCAUUCCAAAGCAGCAAAUACUCGUAUGUCAAGCUUUCUUUCAAAGAACACGGGCAGAUUGAGUUCUACAGACGAUUAUCAGAAGAAAUCACACAAAGGAGAUGGGAGAGCAUGCCCACUGGUCAGGCCAUGCAAGUUAACAAGGAUUCACAGGCAGGAAGAAUAAGGGCCGUAGGAAUUGUAGGUAUUGAAAGGAAAUUAGAAGAAAAAAGAAAAGAGACUGACAAAAACAUUUCCGAGGCUUUUGAGGACCUUAGCAAACUAAUGGAGAAGGCUAAGGAAAUGGUGGAAUUAUCCAAGUCAAUAGCUAACAAGAUUAAAGAAAAACAAGGUGACAUCACUGAGGAUGAGACCAUUAGAUUCAAGUCCUACCUACUGAGUAUGGGUAUAGCUAAUCCAGUUACGAGGGAAACAUAUGGAUCUGGUACACAGUACCACAUGCAACUGGCAAAGCAACUGGCUGGAAUCCUGCAGACACCCUUAGAGGAGCGAGGGGGGAUCAUGUCUCUGACGGAAGUGUACUGUCUGGUGAAUCGUGCUCGAGGGCUAGAGUUGCUGUCACCAGAAGAUUUAGUAAAUGCUUGUAAAAUGCUGGAAUCACUGAAAUUACCACUAAGGCUUCGGAUAUUUGAUAGUGGUGUGAUGGUGAUUGAACUCCAGUCUCAUAACGAAGAGGAAAUGGUAGCUGCUGCUUUAGAGACAGUAUCCGAAAAGGGUUCUCUCACAGCUGAUGAGUUUGCUAAGCUGGUGGGGAUGUCUGUUCUCUUAGCCAAAGAAAGGUUUUAUUUGAUGUGCUGUGUAGUUUCUCAUUUCAAGAGAAGAUUCCACAUCAAUGAAAGUGGAGAGAAUAUCACUGUAGAGUGCUGUGAGGGUCAGCGCCCGGAAGCCAGGUUACUGCAUACUCCAAUUCCAGUUUGCCUGUGUCUGGAGCAACAAAGCAGACAGAUGUAUCCAGUGAUAAGAAGCAUGACUCUGGUGUGUACUGAGGUAUAAGGAGCAAACUAGUGUAGAAUAACCCCUUCUCCCAGAAGUGAUGAACAGUUUUCUAAGGGAGGAUCUUGGGGUUCUAGAAUUUGAGACAGAAAGAACCUGCUGCUAGAGAUAUUACUGUAUGUCAGGCUAUUCUAGAAAUUACCGUGUUUCUUUUGUUGUGUCUUACACUAAUAUCUCAGAUAGAAGCAUUGUUAGCACAGACUUCCUCCCUUCUCUUUCCUUGCCAUCUUCCUUCCUGUCCAUUUAUGUUGCACUUUGGGUGCCCUUUCUCUGUCCUCUCUGUAGCAGAGUGGAGCAGCCUCCUGUCACUUUACCAGACUCUGCUUUAAUGUGCUUGUAUUUUAUCUUGUACUUCUAACAAAAGUUAAUAAUUUGUUUGUUUCAUCAACCUAUUACCUGUUCUGGGGAAACAGUUCAUUUGCUUACCUCUCAUAUGUGAAAAUUAAUAUGUUUUCUAUAUUGAAGGGAGGAAGAAGACUAUCACCCUGUGUUUAAUAAUCACAAAGUAUCAUUGUUUGGUAUUCCUCACCCUGUGUUCACACUGAAUGCGAUAUAAUAGCCUCAGUUUUCAUAACUCCAGUGGAGUUGCUACACUACUUGAAGAUCUGUCAUGAUAAUAACAGUUAAGUGGAUUUUUCUGAUCCACAUUACCUAAAUUUUUGGCAUUUUGAAGUGAUUAUUUUUAAUAAAUAAAGUUAAUUCAAGGUAUUGGCAAGGACAGUAUACAGGUGACUGCAUUGUGGUUGUGAUGGCUGGAUCAACUUUACAAGAAAGCACCAAAAGGCUUUUAACAUGAGCCUGAAGAUAUUUUCAGAACUAUUUCAGUGUUACCAUAGCAUGAGUUAAGAGCCUGCCAAUAGUUCAGUGCAGAGAUUCCUACAGUGAUCAUGCCUGUGGCUUGUCCUUUAUAUCCAGGGAAUUGUGUCCUCUUACUCUUGUCACAAGCAAACUUUCAUGUAGUGCUUUCUUUAAGGCAGCUUUCCUCUGCUCCAUGAGGGCGCUAAAAGUGAUGUCUUUGACAUGGCUGAAGGAACCACUUCCACACUAUUAUUACUGUGUCAGUCACCUGGUGUCAUCUCUUCAGGAGCCUUACAGCUUGCUGCUUUCCUUCAUCCUCCCCACAAGCCAAAGGAGAGAUCCAUGCAAAGUACACUGAGCACCACAUAUCUAAGGAGGGACUGAAAAGUGAGACAUUUGGAAGCAAAAAGCUGUUUUGUGACAACUGUCUCUUUUGCCCAAUAAAAGCCUGUCAUGGAAGGCCAGUGGUUUAUGGGCCUGAAUGUCUCCCCACAAGGGGGCACGUCAACAAAACCUGAGAGGAAAUGCCAAGUGUUCAAUGCCAGCCUCUGUCCUCCAACCCCGAGUGUUUCAUUAUCUUACUUAAGCAAUAAUAAUGCAGCCUGUUUAGAAUAAUGGUACCUUCUCAAGCUUUGCUUUUCCACGAUUUUUCCUUGACUUUGUUUUUCCUCCAGACAAAAAGGCUAUAGGGUAAAUUGUAUUGCUGGUUUAGAAUUUAAACAGACAAAUGAGAAAAUGGCUACUAGAAUGUAAGAAAAAUUAAAACAUUUUCUUAUAUAGAUUGUUCUGUUGAUAUUUUUUUUCCUUAUAAAUGUUUAAAAUGCUUUAAAAUGCUUUACACAUUAAAAUCUUGUGGUUCCAUGA